UUAUUUCAUCUCAUAAAUGGCUAUGCUAUCGCGAGAACAAUUGGACGAGUUCAUUAUUUACCGUACGAGAAGGAGAGUCGAAAAGUGGUAGUGAAGUAUCUGGAAAUAUUCAAGCGUGUGUUUCCCGCACUCGAAAGUACAUACUUCUUGGACCAGGACAGAAUAAAUGGAACACUGGUCAAAUUCGCGAACAACUCUUGUUGUGUGUACGACAAUCCCAGACGGCUUAUGAGCUAUACGGACAAAUACCUACUUCUGGACUUUUCCUGGGCACAAAAUCCACGCUAUUUCGAAGAUAUUCUAGAGGAAAUUCGCGACAUUCUCGAAUUUUCACCCACCGUUGUCAGCGAGGGAAACCACUUGCUGGAUAAUCUCAAGGUAAAUGGUACACGGUCCGCGAACGAUUCUUCGUUCUGGAACCAUCCUUAUCAAAAUGCUCUAUGCAUUCAUAUUCGACGAACCGAUUUCCUGGAGCGGAACAUCUCCACCAACAUGAUGGAAACGGUAUAUGCAGCCAACGAUAUCGCUCAAGGAAAAGGUCUCGAACGAUUUGUGAUAUUCGGUGACGAUAAGGAAUUCAUGCAAAAUCUGUCGCACGUGAUCAUCGAGAAAGGAAACUGGAGGCCAGACCAGAGUCCAAACGCAAUCAAUGUACCGCUGAAUUCGGCUGCCGUUCGUCUCGAGUUCAGCGAAGCGAUGAUUCUAACGUUGCAUCUCAAGUUUGUCGUUUCAUUUCUGAUCACCGCCGUGACGUCGUCGUUCGGGUGGUGGCUGGCGUUUUUCGUCGCCGAUCAGAACUCCAUCUAUUACCUGCCAGACGAGCGAAUUCACGGUGACAAAGUGCCGAGCAAGGAGUUGUUUUUGUGGGUUUUCAGGCGCGGGUCGCCGUAA